AUGAGAGCGUCAGUCCUUGUGAUUGCAGCAGCCUCUGUCAUUCUCGCUUCUGCUCAUUCGCCCGUGCCAGCAAGGCAGAUGACGAUGCCCAACCCCUUCAUAAGGCAAACACUUGAUGACCUUAAGCUAGCGACGUUCAAUAUCCGCUACGAUCCCAGGACCGUCUCUUCAGUGUCCCCGGCUGCGAUCAAGCGGACUCUCCUCACAGCACAGCUCUCCGUCGCCGAGGACGCAGCGGAGAAAGCUCGCCGGGCGGGCAAAGAAAGGCCAUGGUCAGAGAGACUGCCAAAGAUACUCGAGCAGGUCCAUUGGGAGCAGCCUGAUAUCAUCGGCUUUCAGGAGACGCUUCAUCCUCAGUAUGUCAAUCUCGUCGCUGGCCUCUCGGCCGAGCAUCAGGGCGGGUAUGACUCAGUAGGCGUCGGGCGAGAUGACGGGGAACAAGCUGGCGAGAGCGUGCCUAUCUUUUGGCGACGUGACAAGCUCGAGCUCAUCGACGUCCAGCAUCAUUGGCUGUCUCCUACGCCAGAGAAACCCGGCAGUAAAGGAUGGGAUGCUGGCCAACCGCGCAUGAUGACCCUAGCGAGGCUACGGCCUGUAAGCCUCAUCGAUGAUGCCAUCGCCGGCGUGUUGCCAGCCCUGACUACCACAGAGCCUUUAGCAGCAGACGUAUCUCAGCAAAGACAAAAACAUGCUGACCCGGAUCUCGGCGAGGACUUACUGCAAGAUCACUUGCAGCAAUUCUUUCCCCCUCGCACCAACCCCACUGCGUCACCGCGAGAUAUUUAUCACGAUCCUGAACUUGGACCAGAUCUGCCUGGCACGCGCGGAGCCGACAGUCAAAACUUGUCUUCGCCAGACACAGCCGAUCCUGACCUGGGCGCCGACAUCCUCAGCGGCACGCGCAUCACCACGCCCAACCGAAACAGCUCUGGGGAUCAGCAGAUUUGGGUGGUCAACACACACUAUGAUGAUCGUGGAGCGCAAGCCAGGGAACAGAGCUCACAUCUGAUUCUGCGCAUUAUCAACGACUUGCUGAACACGCCUCAGUGCAGCCGUUGCGCUCGAUGGGCCGAGCAGUGUCCUUCAGCGCAUCGGCAAGCCGGACUCCCUGCUCGGUAUAGCACUCUUGCCAGAGAGCAGAAGCCGCUCGUUCUCCUUCUUGGCGAUCUCAACUCUGAGGCUCACGAAGCAGGGUACCGCGUCCUGACUGGCGACCGCUACAAACAAAGGGCAUUGACCGCAAUACGAGAGCUUUCGGAUGACAACGCACGAGCAAAAGCUCAGCGACUCCUGAACGAAAAGCUGGAUACAGUCCCGUCACUCUCCUUCCUCGAUACUUCUGUCGCACUCGAUUCAAAAGGAGUGCGCUAUGGGGAAACGUCGACCUUCACCGACUUUGGAUCGUCGACAUCUGGCUACCAAGUCAUAGACUACGUUCUCAUGCUAGACAAUGCUGCACAAUGGUCAGUCACCAAGCAUGCUGUGCUAUCCAACAUGGUCGAAAGAGGACCCAAGUCAAGCGAUCACCAGAUGAGUCACCCCUCUGAGCGACUCGAGCCGUCACAGGCAGUAGGCGACACAGCAGCUGUCUCGCCUCGCCGUGCGCGCGCGAAGCUAGCUCGUGAUGCGAUCGGACGUCUGAUGACAUGCGAUCAGAAUCUGCAGCUCAUCGAAUGCCCCCGCUACGGGACAGCUUGCGGCGGAGCACUUCUGCUCGCAAUUUCAUACUCGCCAGAGCCGCCCGAGUCGCCACGAGCCAAGUUGAGCUAUGCCCAACAACGCCUCUACGGGCGCUCGAGACUCGAUGUUCAAGCAGCUCUUCAUGCAUUCUUGCGAUCGUCUGGCAAAGGUGCCGUCAACAACCUGACCGACGGCGUCUCCGGAACGCUACAUCGGCAUGGUGUCAUUCACGUACGGCAUCAGUCAUCGCUUGCCUCGCUACUCAGAUUGCCCUUUACAUCACGACAUCACUCGAGCUGGCUCAAGCAAAUUGACGAGGGCGUACAGACCCAGGACUGGGACGGCCUACUUGACUCACUUCAAGGGCUGCUGCGUUUGCUUUUGCAAGAUCGUCCAUGGAAGUACGGCAUCCAGACUGGCACGACCACAUCUCGACAUAUCGAGAUACAAGCAUCUGCUCAUCGGUCAGUCAAAUGGGACGGACUUACAGCGCUCCUUUCAUUUGUCGCAGCUAGACUAGACAGAGAUGUCAUCUGCCCUCGUCGACAAGAGAUGCUGGCGGCGAUCGUGAAGCUUCAUGCUUUGCGCGCCUUGUGGACCUGCGUUUUCGAGACCGCAGAGCAUCACGAUCUGCUCCGGAUCAAGUUGUACGGUCUUCACUCGUCCAACAGUGUCAUCAGUGUGCUGCGCGCGCAGCAUGCAUCCUUCGAGCGCGAGUUCCUUGCUGCGACAGGGAAUGAAAGGAGGCAACAGCAUUUGAAGCGCCUCAGACUCGACACAUGGCUGCUGGCUUUGCAGAAGCCGUCCAGAGAGCGCUAUCAGGCUGAUACCACGACACAAGAUGCUAUCGCUGCAAUGGCGGGUCCCGAUUUGCUGCCCAUAGCUUGCUACGAAAUCUUGUUGACGCAAUUGUCUGCGCGACCGUUUCCCACAAGCCGAGCGAGUACCAGCAGCGACGAGCGUGGCAGAGAAAUACAGGCUGCCGAACAAUUCGACGCCCUUCUGACACAGGUCGAGCGCCACGGCUUUCCCCUCACGCUCGAUAUUGUCGCUGCCAAGCUCCGUAGUUCGUUUCGGAAGGCUGAGUUGACAGCCGCACCGGUCAAGCAGUCGGCAUAUACGUCGUGGCGAAACGAGCUAUUGUCGCACCUCGGUACGAGUGUUGAUGAUGCUUGUCGCCGGUCUCGCGCAUUCCUCUCAGCUCAUCUCGAAGCUGUGUACACCUUUGAGGGAUAUCGAGCUGCUCUGGACGAAGCCAGACGGCUCCACAACAUUGGCGGCAUCCUGCUCGACAAGACCCAAGUCGCGGAUCUCAUCUGCUGGGCGCCCGCAGAGCAUUUCACCUCUGCCGAAUCAGCAACGGAGUUCUGUGAUACCUUGCUCGAUGACUCCAUCGUCGGGAAAAUUCGCGAUGCAGACUUUCAUUGGCUUCAUCUCUGCAUUCUCGAGCGAUUGACGAUCCGCUAUGGCGAAGACGCUUACUCGGCUACGGAGAUGCGUGCCAGAGCAAUCCUCGCAGAGCCACUGACGUACUACGACACCAUCAUCCGGAGAGGAACGUACACACCGCAUCGCGCAGUUGCGAUGUUUCUUAUUUCGUACGUUCAGCGAGCUCUCGCAAGGCAUUCUCCAAUCGAUGCCAAGAGGAUCAUCUUGGGCUUGUACACGGCGCACAAGCAGCCCGACGAGUGCAUCGUGCCUCUGCAACCUAGAGAUUACAUGGUCAUACAGCGGUUUGCUGGCGACAUUCGUGAUGCCGCACUCAGUCGCGAGCUGCUGCGCGACAUGGCUGCCUACGAUGUCCCCAUGACGGCCGAAUUCUCGGCAGCCCACUUGGAAGGCCUCAUGAAGAACGCAGCCGAUCAUAUGGAGGCUUUCUCGCUGUACCGAGCUGUUCACAAAGCGCUUCCGAGGGGCGAGAGGUGGUCUGCUAACGUUCACGCCCGACUCUUUGUGGCGUUUCUUAGGUCAAGUCCGAAUGGCGUGCGCAAAUUGCCGGAUCAGAUGCUUGUGGACGCAUUUGUCGAUGACAUGAUCACACUUUACGGCCAUCUACCAUCGGCUGCCGCUGCUUCGCUUACAAUAUAUUACAGCGAUUUGGCAGAAUCAGGCCAAGGCAAGCUGGCGCUGCAGAAGCUCAAGCUACUCCAUGCGCGCAUCAGAAUCGAUGUUGAGCUCAGCAAAGAUUUGCCGACUCUGUAUGUACCGCUCCUGCAAGCUUACGGCAGAUGCGGUGCCCUAUCAGAAGCGGAGGAGAUCUGGCAGGCACAUCGAGCUUUGCCGAGACACAGUGCAUCGAAGGCUAACUUUAUGCUGAGCCAUUACCUGGACGCAAUCUCGCAUCACGUCAGUGACAAUCAGGAUAUGCUGCCUUGGGCGCAGGCGAAAAUCUAUGACGUCUGGCUGCAGUCCCCGUUGCCGCCAUCUGAGCAUAAUUGGCAGACUUUGCUCGAGGCCAUGGGCAGACUCGGUCUCUUCGAGGAGAUCGAAGGCGUCAUCUUCGACCAGCUCGGACGCGGCAAAGCGCCGCCGGUGUCCAAGAAGAUGAUCACCGUCUACCUUCGUCAGAUGAACAAUGCCAGAUUUCCGCAUCGCGAUCGCAUCAAAGCGCGACUUGACGAAGAGUUUCCUCCGUGGAGGCAGCUCGAAUAA